AUGUCUAGAUCGUUUUUAGUCGAUUCGCUGAUAGGCAACGUUCCUAAAGAGCUACCGCCACCAUGCCACCCUACGUUCCCGUAUCCGCCGAAUUAUAUAAGCAGUUAUUUGUUUUCUAUUAAUUUGGCUCGUCAACAGCAGCAACAACAACAGUUUUUAUAUCAACAAUUUCAACCCAAACCACCAGUGCGACCAGUGGCGUCCCUACCGAGAGUGCUACCGUUUUUGGAUCAGGAUACAACUUUAACUACCUCUCCGGAGCCAACUUCACCCGUAAGAAGCCCCGUGUUGUGUAAGAAGGAAGCAGACAGCAGAGAAAAUACACCUUCACCUCCCAGUGGAUUUCCUCCAUCUAAGGAUUCGAGUAAACGAAUACGGACAGCUUUUACUAGUACGCAACUGCUAGAGUUGGAGAGAGAAUUCUCCUCAAAUAUGUAUCUCUCCCGAUUACGCAGGAUAGAAAUAGCUACAACUUUAAGACUUUCCGAAAAACAAGUGAAGAUUUGGUUUCAAAACAGGAGGGUUAAGUACAAGAAAGAAGAUCUACCGGCUGGUUCCCAUCACUCUAAUUCUGGGAAGUGUUGUUGUUUUAAAACUUGUUCUGGAUCAAGGGCGCCAAAGGGUUCUGUAUCCAGUUGUGAAGAUAUUGAUAUCGACGUUACUAAUACAGAUGAUAGUGAACAUUGA